GCGUGGUCCCGGCUGCAGCGGCAACCACAGCUUCGUCUGCCUCAGCGUCAGCGGAGACACCGGAGCGCCGGGGACCGCCGGGCUGCGGGCGCCAGCCAGGCCGACAGGAUGUGUCGAAAAAUCGGUCUUCUCAUUCUGCUUGUGGCCGCUUGCCAAAACGGUCCCAAGCUAACUGAAGGACAUCAGUCAUGGGCAGCUACCGAAAGUCAUGACUUAACGGCUCUCGAAUCUGAGCUUACUACAGCCUCUCACCUAAAACCAGAAACUGGAACAUGCAAGAAUGAAGCUGCGAAACAAGAAAUAAUAAAAGAUGAAACAUUGGUUAAUUCCCAUGCAGAGCCUGAGCAGAGUGCGACCAGACAAGACCAUUCCGAGGAACGGCUUUUGGACGCAAGGAGGGCUGACAACAGGCGGUCUGAUGAACGACGGGCCGACAACCGGCGUUCCGUGGAGCGACGGGCUGACAACAGACGUUCUGAGGAGCGAUGGCUGGACGAACGGCGUGUUGAAAGCAGGCAGUCUGAGGAACAACGUUUGGAUGCAAGGCGGGCUGACAACAGAGUUUCUGAGGAGCGACGGCUCGGCACAAGGUGGGCCGACAACAGGCGUUCUGAGGAGCGACGGCUGGACGCAAGGCGAGCCGACAACAGGCGUUCUGAAGAGCGCCGGGCGGACAAUAGACGCUCUGAGGAACAACGUUUGGACGCAAGGCGGGAUGUCAACAGGCGUUCUGAGGAACAACGUUUGGAGGCAAGGCGGGCUGACAACAGACGAUCUGGGGAGCGACGCCUAGACGCUACGCGGGAAGACAACAGGCGUUCUGCGGAGCGACGGCUGGACGCCAGGCGGGCCGACAACAGGCGAUCUGAGGAGCGACGGGUUGAGGUACGGCGGAAUGACAACAUACGUUCUGAGGAGCAACGUUUGGACGCAAGGCGGACUGACAACCGGCGUUCUGAGGAGCGACGAGUUGAGAUGCGGCGGGUCGACAACAGGCGCCUUGAGGAACAACGUUUAGACGCUAGGCGAGUUGACAGCAGGCGCUCUGAGGAACAACGUUUGGAUGCAAGGCGGGCUGACAACAGGCGUUCUGAGGAGCGACGGCUGGACGCCAGGCAGGCCGACAACAGGCGUUCUGAUGAGCGACGGGUUGAGGUACGGCGGAAUGACAACAGACGUUCUGAGGAGCAACGUUUGGACGCAAGGCGGGCUGACAACCGGCGUUCUGAGGAGCGACGAGUUGAGAUGCGGCGGGUCGACAACAGGCGAUCUGAAGAGCGACGUGUUGAGGUACGGCGGAAUGACAACAGACGUUCUGAGGAGCAACGUUUGGACGCAAGGCGGGCUGACAACCGGCGUUCUGAGGAGCGACGGCUGGACGCCAGGCGGGCCGACAACAGGCGAUCUGAAGAGCGACGGGUUGAGGCACAGCGGGAUGACAACAGACGUUCUGAGGAGCGACGUCUAGACGCAAGGCGGGCUGACAACAGGCGCUCUGAAGAGCGACGGGCUGAGGCACGGCGGGCUGACAACAGGCUUUCUGAGGAGCGACGGCUGGACGCAAGGUGGGCCGACAACAGGCGUUCUGAAGAGCGACGGCUGGACGCAAGGAAGGCCGAAAACAUGCGUUCUAAGGAGCGACGGGUUGAGGCACGGCGGGUUGACAACCACCGGUCUGAAGAGCAGCGUUUGAACGCAAGGCGGGUAUACAGCAUGCGUUCUGAGGAGCGACGGGCGGACAACAGGCAUUCUGAGGAGCAGAGGCUGGACGCAAGGCGGGCUGAUAACAGGCGCUCUGAAGAGCGACGGGUUCAGGCACGGCGGGCUGACAACAGGCGUUCUGAGGAGCGACGGCUGAACGCAAGGCGAGUUGACAACAGACGUUCUGAAGAGCGACUGGCUGAGGCGCGGUGGGUUGACAAUAGGCCCCAUGAGGCACAGCGUUUGGACGCAAGGCAGGCUGACAACAGGCGUUCUGAGGAUCGUCGGGCUGCGGCACAGCGGGUUGACAGCAGGCGCCCUGAAGAACAACGCCUGGAGGCAAGGCGGGCUGACAACAGGCGUUCUGAGGAGCGACGGCUGGACGCAAGACGGGUUGACAACAGACGUUCUGAGGAGCGACCUGUUGAGGCACGGCGUUCUGAGAACCGAGGGGUUGAAAACAGGCGUUUUUCUGAGGAGCGGCGGGUUGACAAUAGGCCGUCUAAGGAACAACAUCUAGCCGCAAGGUGGGCUGACAACAGACGUUCUGGGGAGCGACGUUUGGACGCAAGGCGGUUCAACAAUGGGCGCUCUAAGGAACUGCUUCUUGACGCAAGGCAGGUGGAUAGCAGGCGUCCUGAGGAGCGGCGCGUUGACAACAGACGGUCAGAGGAACCACGUUUGGACGCAAGGCGAUUCAACAACAGACAUUCUGAGGAGCGAAGGGUUGAGGCACGACGGGUUGACAAUCGCCGUUCUGAAGAGAAGCGUUUGGACGCAAGGCGGGUCGACAACAGGCGUUCUGAGGGACAAAUGAUUGACAACAGGCGUACGGAAGAACAACGCUUGAAUGCACGGCGGGCUGACCACAGACGUUCUGAGGAGAGACGUGUUGAGAACAGGCGCUCUGAAGAGCGACGUCUAGACGCAAGGCGGGUUGACAGCAGUCGUUCUGAGGAACAACGCUUGGACGCGAGGAGGGCUGACAACAGGCGAUCUGAGGAACGACGAUUGGACGCAAGGCGGGCUGACAACAAGCGUUCUGAGGAACGACGACAGGACGCAAGGCGGGCUGACAACAGGCCCUCUGAGGAACAGCGUUUGGACGCGAGGCAUCCUGACAAUAGGCGUUCUGAGAAACGACAUCUGGACGCAAGGCGGGAUGAUAACAGGCGCUCUGAGGUUCAGCGUUUGGAUGCAAGGCGGGCUGACAACAGGCGUUCUGAGGAGAGACGGGCCGACAACAGGCGUUCUGAGGAGCAACGGCUGGACGCAAGGCGGGCUGAUAACAGGCGUUCUGAGGAGCGACGUGUUGAGGCACGGCGGGCUGACAACAGGCGUUCUGAGGAGCGACGGCUAAACGCCAGGCGGGCCGACAACAGGCGUUCUGAAGAAUGGCGGUUGGAAACCAAGCGAGCUUAUGAAGGAGUUCGGCAGAGUUCGGUGGUUAAAAUGCGCUUAUCUGAAGUACCUGAUCAUGAUCUUAUUGCGGAGGCCAGAAAUACCCUUCAAGGUAAUAGUGUAGACACAGUUGACCCACAGGAUUCAUCCCGCUCAUAUGGACUUCUAAAUAUCUUCUGGAGCUCAAAAACUUCAGAAAACCUUGCUCCCUUCUCGUCCAGCGUAGAAAAACUGGUGAACACAAUCAAGGUGAGGAGACCAGCUCAGAAGCCGAAAUACAGCAGCACGCCGCUCUACACCAAGCCUCCCGGCAGCGCUGCCCUGGGCACCUCGUUCUGGACCGGGGUCGUUGGCCUGGCCCUCUGGACGCUCCGGCCGCAGACCAAAGUCCUCUAGACGACCGGCCGGGCGCCACUGUUACUCGCCGAUUCUGUUCGGUGCACCAAAGCCGUAUUUGACCGCUUCGGGUGCACUGUUGUUGAUUGUUUGCAAAUCGUUAUUGAAAUUUGAAUGUGAAAUACAUGUAGGUGAAGCAUA